UACCGUAAAGCGCACAGAUACAUAGGCCAGUAGGUCUGCAAGAAUCCAACUAGCGGUCAGAGCGGGACUAGAACCCAGAACCACUGGAUUGUGAGUCUGACAUGCUGACCACUCGGUCACUGCCUACUGGUGUCAGCGAGAUAAUGCGGUGGAUAAUUAACCCUGUUAUUGAAAAGAAGCCCAUCCAGAUCAAGUAGUUCCCAAAACUAGAACCUAAAAUUCUUUUUUGUUGAAUUUAUAUAGGUGUCCUUUACGUACGCUGAAGCUCAGAUGCGGAUCGAUGACCCAAGCCAAACAGAUGAAAUAUCCACGAGUCUCAGACACCUUAACAAACUGGCAAAGAUCCUUAAAGCAAGACGCAUUGAUCAGGGGUAGAGAAAGUUCACUUUCACGUAGCAAAGUAAAACUGUAUGGUUUUAUGUUGCAGAAAAGCAGACCUUGUUGUUUGUGCGUCUUUUUAUUUACAACAACUAAGUGCAUGCUGUCGUUGAUAUUUACGUCCAUCAUGAUCUUGAUUUCAGGGCUCUCACGCUUGCAUCACCAGAAGUUCGAUUUCAUAUCGAUAGCGAGACACAUGACCCAGUGGAUCUUCAAACAAAGGAGCUGAAGUAAGUGUUAAGUACGAGUGUGUCUCUAAGUCCGAUUAGAGUCAAAGCCUACCGCCAGGAGCGGAUUACUCUAGAUUCAUCCACAGGAUUAAGGAUUAAACGGAAGAAAAAGGAAACCUGUGUUACAUUUCUCUCCCACACCUUUUCCUAUUUUCGGCUUGUGGUUUCACAGAAAAUUAAGUUACUGUAGUGUUGCAAAGUAACCAAUUUGAAUUAAUUUACUUACAUUUUUUGCCUCACUUUUCUCAUUCUUCGUUUUUAGAGAAACAAACUCACUGGUAGAGGAGUUCAUGUUACUCGCCAAUAUUUCUGUUGCCAAGAAGAUUUUUCAGCAUUUUCCAGAGUUUGCAGUUUUAAGAAGACAUCCGUCACCCCCACCAGCAAACUAUGACAUCCUAGUGAAGGCAGCACGAUCCAAGGUCUGUAGAAGUUUCGUAACUACCUUACAUUUUUCUAUUGUGGCACGUUUUUUGUGGCAACUAAAGGGAAUAUAACUUAAAGGUAUUUAACAUUCGCAUGGUACAGAAGUGGAUUGAUUGUUGGAUGAACUUAAUGGUAAAAUUUCACAUUGGUUGUGGCAAGAAUGGAUACCUCAAAGUCAGAUUGUCAUCUUCACUCAAAAUACACGAUAGGAGUCUUUAUAACGUAAAGUAGUAAAUAAGAGAAGAAAGAAAACAGUAGGUAGUAUGUAGGACUUGAACCCGCGUCAUUUGAUGUAUAAUCCACAUCCGUAUCCACUACACCAUCAAGGGCUAACUGCCGACACCGGUUAAUUUUAACGUACUUUACAUGGCUUAAAUCUUUACAUUAACGAAAGCUAAGCGUUUCUGAAACAGUGCUCAACCCUAAUCACUGUACUUCGGGCUAAACCCUGUAUUCAACUCUUUUCCUUGUACAACUGACUCCAGUUACUCUGAUUUCCCCACUUUUCUUAAAAAUGUGCUCAAUACAUUCGGGUAAAUAUAGUUUUGCGUGGUAUAGAGUAUAGCGUUGUAAUAAACAUAAGGUGUCCAACCUGAUUUUAAGGUAUCCAUUCUAGUCAAAACCAUUUCAUAUUACUUGUAGGAAAUUUUCAUUAACUUACAGUUCCGUUAUGAUGGCUUACACAACAUACUUUAUUUUUUUGUCCGCUACAAUUUAAAGUACACUGUAGGCACGCGCUUCUCCCACUUUGAUGCAACCACCCAAGCGCUCUCAAGCUAUUAUUACAGAUUUAUGUUUUUAUGUCAAGCAAAAUAUUGUGGCAUCUCUAUUACUAAUGUGAACGCACGCCAGUAUUUCCUUUUCUCUCUUCUUACUUGGCAUCUUGCGCACAAAUUGUAGGGGUUAAGAGUUCGAACGCAGUUUUUUUUCUUUUUAAUCUAAUUCACACCUCUAAAAUAAAUAAAUAUAUAAAACGAUUUAUUCGUAUGGUAGCACAUCCACAAGGUGGUUCCUCCUCUAACACUUCUGAUCGAAUUUCCGAAGUGCCCGGAAAACAAUCCUCUCGAAGUAAGGGUGUAAACCAACAAAUUGAUCCACACUGACUAAACUGAGUCUAUUAUGGGAUAAAAUAGAAAACAGAAUGUCGACGGAGGGACUUAAACCCUUAACAAUCUAGUGCAAGGGCAUUGCACUCACUACUAUUGCAAAGACUUUCCCAUAAAAAUGAGUUAUAUUUGGAUGAGAGUAAAAAAUCAUUUUCGUAUCGAAGGCUUUGUGCAUGCCUCUUUCCAAAACAUAGGCUUUGGGCAACUCGAAAAUGACCUAUUAAUGUGUAACAGAUCCCGCGGAGUCACAUGGAAAUGGUUUGGUCAAAUGACGGGCUGUAUAUCACAAAACAAAGCCGUGUUUUUUUUUCUGCUGUCAGGGUGUGCAUCUUGAGGUCGACAGUGCCAAAUCCCUCGCGGUCUCUUUGGAUGCUGCUAAUAUCCCGGAUGAACCCUACUUUAACACGCUGCUUCGUAUUAUGGCAACAAGAUGCAUGAUGCAAGCGGUUUACUUCUGUUCGGGAAUGCUCCCGGAAGAAGAGUUCCUGCAUUAUGGCUUGGCAACUCCAAUCUACACGCAUUUUACCUCACCAAUCAGACGGUUCGUGAUAACAUAUGUUUGUUUCCAAUUUAAUAACUUCAAUGAAAAUCGCUAUUACUCUUAUACUAACCAAUAACAUUUGCCUUGCUCCACAUCAUGAAAGCCAUCAACUAAAGAGCUCAGUGAACGAAAAUAGAACGGUCUUUGGUGCGUUUCUUAUGUUUUGCAUUUCGCUGUUAUAUGAGCACACCACGGUACAGUUGUCUUUCCUCGAUUCUUGAAAAAGUGAGUCAUGUGAAGCAAAUUUGACAGUCUUCGGCCAUGGCAGUGGUUUAGUGGUGUUGUCAUUGUUCUCGUUUUUUGUUGUUUCUUGUUUUCUCUUUGUUCUUUUUGGUAUUAUCUUGAGACUUGAGUUGCUUUUAAGCUUAAAAGCUCGCUAUCGUCUCACCUCACCUGAGCGUGAACGUUACGCUUAGUGUAAACUAUAGUGAUGUAUCCAUGGAAGCAUGAAGGUAAAUUGAACUGAAAGGUACCAGUUGGACUGAUGGAUCAUGGUCUCUACCUGGCGCACAGAAAAUACCAAAAUGGAUAAAAAACAGAACACAACAUGAACUUGCAUCGUACUGAAACUAAAUUAUACGAUAUUUUCUACAGCUACUCAGACAUAAUGGUGCAUCGGUUAUUAGCUGUGGCAAUUGGAGCUUUAGAUUCAUAUCCAGACCUCCUCAACAAAGACAAAACGCAGGUGGGUGCUGCGCUAACACAACAGGGUACCCACGCUGUUUUCUCUUUUAAGGCUUUUCAGUUCGUACUUCGAAAGUCGGGGUGGAGUAUUAGUUAAGCAUUUCAGAUAGCGACAUGGACAGGACAAUCCUAUCUUAAGGGAACCACUGAAGGCUAACGUUAAUUCAGGAUGCGGGAUGUAUAUGUUGCAGUGAAAUUUAUUUUUCUUUUGUUUCAAAUUCGUUAGCAUUCAUUACCUCACCCAAAAACAAAGAAAAAACAUAAGAAUUUCACACUGAACCUGUUAGUGCCAAUAACAUACUAUUAUCGUUAUGUUCUUUUUUGUUUAUUUUCUUUUCUAGAAACUGUGUAAUCAUCUAAAUUUCCGUCAUAAAAUGGCUCAGUAUGCUUCCCGGGAUUCCAUCGACCUACAUUGUCAGGUAAAAAACAGAUCCAGGUAACUGUAAGUUUCUCCCGCCUUUCAACAGGCGAUGCGACUCCCUGACUACUUCCCAGACCUCUAAUUUCUCCUCGGUUAAUUCGUUUCAGAUCGGUCACGUGAGGUCACUCUUCGAUAUGUACCCUCUUUCAUACAUGUGCCCAUCCCCCUAGACUAAGAGCCCUUCUACUUGCCCCCAUUAAGCAACAACGACGGCGACGGCUACUAAAACGUCAUUUAAACAGUGUGUUCGCGCUACUUCAAACUUUAUCUCGCUUAUUCAGUCUCGUUCAAUUCUUUAAAUGUUGGCGUAUUUUUUUGGAGUUGGAUUGUAAAUGACUUUAUGAAAGUUCAAGAAAAGAAAGAGAGGGUCGUUGUCUUGUGUUCGCGUCCUCCUCAAAACGUGAAAAUAGGGAGUUUCAGGUCGUAGUCGUACAGCGACGGCAAAGAAAUGCACAAAAAAGAGUGAUACACGUGUAGAGGUGUUCUUUUGCUUCCUAAACAUAUUGCUUUUUUGCCGUUCUUGUUGCCGUCGCCGUCGUCGUUGCUUAAGCUCUCUAAUAACCGUUUCAGUACUGUAAGCGAACACGUUUAGCGGAAAAUGCAAAAAAGGUAUUUACAUUGCUUAAACCCGAGCAGCUCUUGCAACUUCAUGAAUAGGUUUGUAGAGUAUCAACAAAUUUACUGUUCUCACGCUCAAUGCGUUUGACAUUGUAAAACCAAUAGACAUCUACGUGGUCAAAGCUAACGUCACCAUCUGAUUUGAGUUUGAAAUGGGCACUAAGGGACUUAUUCCAGCCCCAAACCGAUUUAUCUCAUUAACGUGAGUUUUCUUUCAUCUUUCUGUUCAUCUUAUAUUUCUCGUCUGUCAACUAAUGAGUUUUCUCUGAACAGCUUUUAUCUAGCUUUCCUAUUCUUGAUUUUUUUUCUUCGCAGCUGUUUUUCCAAAAUAAAGCCAUAACAGAAGAGGAGGCGUUCGUGUUGUUCGUUCGGAAGAAUGCUCUUCAAGUUUUAAUUCCAAAGUAUGGCCUGGAGGGAACCGUUUUUAUGAACAAACAUGGCUCAGGAUUUGUCUUCAACGAAGAGGUAUUUGAUUCCUCUGUUUGGGGUACGAAGAGAUAACUGUCAGGCUUACAUGAUACAGAAUCCUAAUCUUCUAUUUGAAAAGGAAUAAUGGUAUUUUUCGGAAAGGUCUUUCCAAACCACCACAAAAGUGGUUUUCUGUGGUAUUUUUGGGGGUUUUUCAGUCGUUGUCUGUUUUUUUUUAAUUUUUUGUUUGGUUGUUUGUUUUGUUAUGUUUCGUUUCCAUGGGUUCAAACUAAAGUUAAGGAAUUUAAUGUGAAUUGUGAUGGCUGAGAAGUGAGAAACUCUACAAAUCCUUUGGAACUGCAAGUAAUAGAAAUGAAAGUAAGAUAAAUCAGGAUUCCAAGAAAAGGUUUUUUACGCGGGCGAAGACUGAUUUCAUAAAACACUGAAUUAGAUCUACCACUUAAGGAAUGUUAGCGAAAUUUCAGGCCCAGUGACAGCGCCCGGAAAAUGGUACUCAAUAGCGUCAAUUGUCCCCCGUCUCUCCCGAUCGCUUAUUUUGGAGAUCGAUAUUUGAGUUGAUUGAGAGCUUUAGUAUAUGGCCUCGCUCUCCAUGAAUUCUGCGUAGCUCAAGUGGAUAGAACGCCCGCCAGGUGUUUUGGGAGGUCAUAGGUUCGAAUCCUGUGGGGGACUCAGAUUUUUUCUUUGUCCCACACUCGUGACGCGCUGAUUAAUUCAUUUCACAUUUGUUUCACCGAGCUUAAAAAAUUACCAUCUUUCAUUCUUUCACCACAUAGAGAGCUUUAGAUUCUAAGACGAGGACGACAAUGAGAACGAGAUUUUCUCAAUACUAAGUGGUCGCGCGCGCGAACCAGCGUCAUUUUGGCGGGAAAAUGUGGUAGCCAUCGUCAUUCUACUACAAGUUUUAGCGAAAAUGUCACAGUGACGAAAACAAGUUAUCAGAUGUUAGGAAUUUUAUCAUUUAGCGAUCUGGAGAGAGCUUUAUCCCCUUCAACGGAUAUAAGCGUGCUAACUUUUGUGGUGAAAAAAACCAAGGUGAAGCUUUCUGGAGUGUCUAUUUUUAGAGAAUAGGCGAGAAAACUCAAAAUUAAAUGUCGUCCUCCUAGUUGUCCUCGUCCUCGAAUCCAAAGCUCUCUAAUCACUAAGGAAAGCGGGACCGAAGGGGGUGAUAAGGGGAGAAAAAGCAAAAGCGGCACCGCCCUUCAUCUCUUUUACCUUCCCAGCUCGCGCUCUGCUUUCGUUCCCGUCAUCCCUUAGUCACCCGCGUCUCUGGCUCAUCUCUAGCACCCCGCUUUAAAAAUCCGUGCUCCUUAAAAAGCCCGUAGAGGAGGCACCUCAAGAGUUGUACACUAGAGGGUGUAGUGAUUUUGUUGCUUCUUUUAAUGUUGCAGAGUUUUUUUGUUUGUUUGUUUGUUUUUUUUUUUUUUAAUAUUAUCGUCUUUUUGUUCAAAGGAGCCAUCACUUACAGUUGGUGAAGUCACUUAUCGCCUGUUUGAUCGAGUGCUUGUGAAAAUCAAUGUGGAUAAGUCGUCGACGGAAAAUAAGUUCUUGUCCUUCAGUAUCAUCUCUAAAAAGGUACUGGUAGAAGAUAGGAAUAGGAUUUUGUUUCACUCCAUUUUAAAGGGCUUGAACAUCAACCCAAAAUUACAAACAACACCUGAUGCUAUGUUCACACUCUGAUACCGGAUACUACGUAGCUUUUCGUGUCAUAGUAUGAACAGAAUCUGAACAGGAACGCUUAAGGUUAUGUUCACACUCUGAUAUCGGAUACUACGUAGCUUUUCGUGUCAUAGUAUGAACAGAGUCUGAACAGGAACGCUUAAGGUUAUGUUCACACUCUGAUAUCGGAUACUACGUAGCUUUUCGUGUCAUAGUAUGAACAGAGUCUGAACAGGAACGCUUAAGGUUAUGUUCACACUCUGAUAUCGGAUACUACGUAGCUUUUCGUGUCAUAGUAUGAACAGAGUCUGAACAGGAACGCUUAAGGUUAUGUUCACACUCUGAUACCGGAUACUACGUAGCUUUUCGUGUUAUAGUAUGAACAGAAUCUGAACAGGAACGCUUAAGGUUAUGUUCACACUCUGAUAUCGGAUACGACGUAGCUUUUCGUGUCAUAGUAUGAACAGAGUCUGAACAGCAACGGCCCGGGACAGGAGCAAGUCGUUUACACACAUCGAAAGCUUCAAUUUGGGUGGUAAAAUUUUGCAGAUUGCAAACAGACGCAAAAACAGAGCCAUCUUGCACAGCUCAGUUAAAGGAGCUGUGUCACGAAAUUUAUCAAAAUUUAAAAGGCGGGAACUGCGACCAAAUCAAGUGUAAUAUGAAAAGAACUGCUCAAAUAUUAAAAGCGAGUCUUUUCGUAGAAGUAGGACUUGAUACGUUUUUGCAUCAAAUGGAUGGCGAGCAAGGGUGAAAUAUUGGUAUUUGACUAGAACUGCAUCACACAGUCACAUAGUGAAACCAGGACACGCACGUACGACUCAACUGCAUCACGCAGUCACAUUAAGGCAUAAUAAUAAUAAUAAUAAUUUACCAAUUUAUAUAGCGCGUAUUUACAUGUGCUGAUCAAUAGCGCUUUAAAAAUGAUGUUGCCUGACGAAGCUCCACAGGUAGCUCAUUCCAGAGUUUCGGAGCUGCUGCUGAGAAUGAUCUCGCUCCCAAUGUUGUAAGCAUCUUUCCCUUGGGAUGGUCCAAUAAGAGCUUACCAGUAGACCUAAGAUUAUAUAAUGAAUUCGAUUUUAUACUAAUAAGAUCGCUAAGAUAAGUUGGCGCUAGGCCAUAAAUACAUUUGAAAGUCAAAAGUAAAAUCUUAUAGUCAAUACGCAAAGAAACCGGCAGCCAGUGCAGCUCAUAAAGCGCCGGUGUAAUGUGAGAAAACUUUCCAAUGCCAAGAAUAAGUCUUGCUGCUGCAUUUUGUAAUUUAGCGAUCUGCACAUUUGGUAAGCCAAACAAUAAACCAUUACAAUAGUCAAGACGGCUGGUUAUAAAAGCAUGAACCAAAGUAAUUAAAGAAUCUCUCGACAGGUAUUUCUUAAUACGUCUCAAGUUAUGUAAAUGAUAAAAUGCCGCAUUACAAGCCUUGUUGAUAUGAUCAGUCAUGCUUAAGUUGCUGUCAAACCACGAUCCAAGGUUUUUAACACAUGGGCUUGGACUGAUACGAUUAUUGCCCACAGUUAUGGAACACGAAUCUAAUUUAUCAAGCUGUUGUCGUGUGCCGACUAACAAAAACUCCGUUUUAUCAUCAUUGAUCAUCAACCGAUCUUGAAUCAUCCAUUUCCUCACCGCGUCAAUGCACUUUUCCAUAGCUUGUAUAGCAUCAGCUUGAGCAGUGUUGCCGAGUGGUUUAAAACUCAGAUACAGCUGCGUAUUAUCAGCGAAACAGUGAGCAUCAGGAAGAUAAUGUUCCACGAUCUUAAACAGCUUGGACGCAUAUAUUAUGAAUAGCAAAGGCCCUAAACAUGAGCCUUGGGGUACCCCGCAGUUCAAGUCAAAAGGACGAGAAAGAACUCCAUGUACAGAAACGCGCUGACUUCUAUCAGACAAGUACGAUCUAAACCAAUUCAGAGCAGUCCCACGUAUGCCAACCUCGUCAGAUAGCCUCUCUAAAAGUAUUCGAUGGUCAACAGUGUCAAAGGCAGCACUGAGAUCCAAUAAAAUAUCAGGGAUGCAACCAUGCAGCCACCAAGUGAGUCUUUUGUAGAAGUACAACAACAUGAUACGUUUUUGCAUCACACUUCACCCUUGCUCGCCAUCAAGUCUCCAGUAACUCAAUGGUUAGAGCAUCCGACUAGAUCACGGAGGGUCGUGGGUUCGAAACCCAUGUGAGGCUCGGAUUUUUUUCUGAGCUUCCCGAUUUGAAGCAAAAACAUAAAAUAUUAAAAGAAGGUAUAAAAGGGUAAAGGCGCACACGAGCUAAAGGCCCAAACGGCCGGAGCUUAUCCCGGUUUUUUCAGCAUGAAGCACCUAGGAGUAAUGCUACUCCCCCCUGAACGGGAAGCUAGUCCAUCGUAGGGUUACCCCCCUAUGUCGCCGGUACCCAUUUAUACACCUGGGUGAAGAGAGAUAAAGUGGAGUAAAGUUCCUUGUCUAAGGAAACAACGCGACGGGCGAGGCUUGAACCCCGGACUUCCAGAUCUGGAGUUCGAGGUGUGUUGUGUCACACACACCUCUACUAAAACUGGUCUAAAUAACACAAAAAAGGAGAUACGGAUGGACAAACUUGAAAACGAUCAGAACGGAUUGCAAUUGCAGUUUUUGAAAACUUGUCAGCCUAACAGUUUUUCAAAGUUUAUGUUUGUUGUUUGUAACGUUUGACAUAAUGCUUUGGGAGAGAUAUUUGUUUUAUACUAAGCUUUGAUUCUAUCGUUUACGAGUAAAUUCCUCGUUAAUGAAUGAAUUAAAACGCCUCAUUGGUAAUAUUAGCCCUAUGAACUAGGCAGCCGUGACACCGCCUCUUUAACAGUAACACACCAAAGUAUGAUCGGGUGCCUUUAUGUUAACGAUAGCACUUAUUAAUUGAAGUAGCUAACAAAAAGAAAUUGGAGGGUGAAAGUAACAUUGAAAUUCUAUUUUUCACUUCCCUUACCAAUUGACCGUAGAUGGCGGUUAUGAUUUGUAUUAAAAUAUUUUCUGUAUUUUGUGAUUAGUGCAUGACUGCUGGGAAAAGCAACGAGCCCGUUUCCAAGAAGACCAAGAUUGGUUGACAGUUUAGUCCCCACAGCUCCAGGUAACACAGCGGACAGGGACAAGAGAAGUACUCCCUUUCGACGAAAUCAGGUCCCUUUAGUUCUGACACGAACAGCACCUCUUACAGUGAACUCUGCCUGACGUCUCUGUGGUACUGCUAGAAUAUGGAAUCGUUUGCUUACUCGAUAAUCUUGUAACGAGGAGACCACCUAUGCUGAGUAUAGCCUAAGAAAGUUCUCUCCUCUACACGCGCAGAGGCCUCUUUGUGUCGUCGGGAGGCUGGGGAGAGGGAAAAAUGAAGGCGCGCGGGAAACGAUGGGAAGGGAAGAAGAGCGAAAGAGAGCCAUAUCCGCCAAAUGCGACCUAUCUCCAGUCUUCCUCGGAAAUCCGGCGCCAUCGUGAUCGCAUAAUAUGGUGGAGGCUCCCGCCUUUUCCUUCCUCCCAUCGCUAUUAUUAUUGCUAUUUUUACUGGAAUAUCCAGCGGGAAGCUCUGCGGAGGAGAGAGCUAGAAAGGUGGGGUUUCGUGCUGGGUUUCGGAAUGGCCUCGCCACUCACUCUUCAACAAGAAAGCAAGUUACAACUACUUCUCCCAACUCGAAAAAAAAUAUAUUGACAAUAUUUUUAAUAUUACAAAGACUUUUAUUUUAAAAUAUUGUGGAUAAUCGUGUACGAUCAUCAACUGUCUAGAUGAGAUAACGGUACUUACAAAAUCAACAGAAAAUGCCCGCAUGUUCAUCUAGAGAUUGUUCAAGGCAUAGUUUAAUUGUUUUCUCUUAUUUUGUUCUUUUUCGCUUCUUUCGUCUAAUUCGUUUUGUACAGACGAGUGUAACAAUCAUGCGCAAAACUUACAAAUCUCAUUUACAUCGGUUACUGUUGUUCUCCGCCGCAGUGGCCCUACGAAAUGCCAAUUUGCGCGUUCUGCGCAUGACUAUAUAAGUUUACUGCAAUCUUAUAAUCUUAUGUAUUUAAUAGAGAGAUUUAGAAUCUGCUUUACUGCAAACGGCUUACGUCCGAUUCAGUUUGACAAUUUCUGAGGUAAAAACUGUGCAAAAUAUUUUUUCCGGAUAAAAGUGGCCUAAUCCUACUAAUUUGGGGGUAGAUAUGAAGAACAGUGAACAGUAAGUGAAAGGAAAACUGCGUGACGUGGUAAUAAUUGACGUUUGCCGUAAACGUGAGACACUAAAUCUCUCUGUUCUUUUUAUUUACAGCUUUCCUCCACACUUAUCAUCUUUAACGAUGACAUCGUUCGCGUGUAGACAGCCGAAUACAUCCGUAAAAGCAUAAGUUUGUACACACUUGCUAAUUUAACCAUGCCCAAUACUCGGUUAUUUGACCUCAGGACCUCUCCCACCUCAGUGUUAUCUCCACGAAUUCAUAGGCACAUUUGUCACUUUGCGUGAGAAGCAUUUUCCUUUUAAACAAUCUACGCUUAACAAUAACC